UAUAGUAUACAUUUUAUGUAUAUAAUCGCUGUUUAAAAUAGAAUUUAUGUAAAGCUGAUUCAAAAUUACAAAAUUUCAAAUUGUAUUUUGGUAUUUAUAAAACUUCGUAAUUAAUUCGAUUGAAUUUGUAACACUUGUUGAUACCUUGACCAUGACGUCAUGGUAUACAUAAAAAGUACAUACAACUUAUAGGCAGAAUUCCUGGUAAUUUAUACAGUCGUUCUAACAAAACGAUUAUCUCGUGAGUGUUUGAUGACUGCAUUUGAUUAGUAAUGGCAGCAGCAGCGAACAUAACACAAACAGCUGAAGAAAGUUGUAUUAUUGAAACAGCUGAAGCACCAGAUGCUAAAUUUGAGUGCCCAAUUUGCUUGAAUUGGCUAAGAGAUCCAGUUGUUACUGCUUGUGGACAUAGGUUCUGCAGGAACUGCAUUGAAUCUUGGUUAGCAAAGAAUCAUGAAUGUUGUCCAGUAGAUAACAUGAAGCUACAAAAUUCCGAUAUUUUUCCUGAUAAUUUUACAAGGAGAGAAAUUUCUCAACAGAGAACAAAAUGUCCUAAUUUAAAAAGAGGAUGUCUGGAGGAAUUAUCUCCUUUAGAUGUUGAAUCUCAUUUGUUGAUAUGUGCAUUCAAGCCAAUUGAAUAUCAAUUGCCUGAUAAUGAAAAGUUAAGAUGUAGCUAUGUUGAGUUUGGCUGUGAUGCAAAGUUUGAUGAUGAACCAGGAUUGCAAAGACAUUUGGAGCAUGAUAUUCAAAAACAUCUAAUGUUGCUUUCAAGUGCCUACAAAAAAUUAUCAAUUAAUACUCAAGCAAGUACGUCGGCACUUGCACAGGAAGCAAAUUAUUGGGAUCCACCGUCUAAAAGUGCCCAAGGAUCCGGAUCAGCUGGAAAUUCCGGUGCUGAGUCAGUUGAAAACCUACUUAAAGCACUUUAUGAAAAAAUAAUUGUGUUAGAACAAAAAUCUAGAGAACAAGACAUAAUUAUUGCUAACAUGUCUGAUCAGAUUUUGUCUAAUAACGUAACAAUGUCGCAUCUCUCCCAUCGUCUCUGUGGGGAAAAUGUAUGGUAUAUCACCGAUUUUAAGAGUAAAAUGAACCAGAUGCACAACAAUCCGUCCAUUAUGUUCUAUAGUCCUGGAUUUUUUACAUCUUAUUAUGGAUACAAGUUUUGCAUUCGACUUAAUUUGUCACCUAGAAAUCCGAAUUUUAUUGCACUUUUGAUUCACAUGAUGAAAACUGACCACGACAACACGCUUGACUGGCCAUUUUGUGGAAGAAUUAUUAUAUCCAUUAUACAUCCGACGGAUUCUAUUCAAAAUAUCAAGGAAACGAUGAUGACACGUCCCGAGUUAGAAGCAUUUUGUCGCCCUGUGGACGAUUUGAACGCCAAGGGAUUUGGAUAUACCGAAUUUGCUUCCCUAGAGCAACUUUUGGGGAAUGAUUAUUUUGAUUCAAAUCAAUUGAUAGUUAAAGUUACUAUCCAACCAGUAUAAUAUAUAAUCAUUGUAA